UGAUUUAAACUCUUGAGAGUAACUCUGGACUUAAGACAUCUAAAGCAGCUGCUACUCCAACUGGAAUUUUAAUCUGCUGUAACACUAUAAAUAACAGGAUCUCAGCAGCUUUUAAUUAAAUUAAUUAAGUUGUUGCCUCCGUGAUCAUUACAUUGAUAUGGGGAGAGUAACCAGCGCUUGUUUUAUAUCUUGGAUAUAUUUCGUCUUUUCCUCGGGUUUUGAAACCACGACUGAGCCAACGAUUGAAUUUCCCGCUUUUGGUAACUUAAUAGAAAAUGCCACAGAAUGGAUGAUGGACUUCACCGACAUCGAGUCCAAGUUUUCCUUUAGGACUAGCGAAGAACCCGAGGAAGAUCUGUGCUACAUAGUUCCAGGUCAACCCCAAACAAUCAAAGAGUGUAACUUCAAUCCAGACUACAAGACUUUCAUAAUUAUACAUGGAUGGACGGUCACCGGUAUGUUUGAGAGCUGGGUCCCCAAACUAGUAACAGCCCUGUUUGAACGAGAGCCAACAGCCAAUGUGAUUGUGGUGGACUGGUUGUCCCGAGCGCAACAACAUUACCCAACAUCUGCCGCCUACACCAAACUAGUGGGCAAGGAUGUGGCCAAGUUUGUCAAUUGGUUACAGGCUGAGAUUGACUAUCCUUGGGAGAAACUACAUCUCUUGGGCUACAGUCUUGGUGCUCAUGUAGCAGGAAUCGCUGGCCUUCUCACCAGACAUAAGGUUAACAGAAUCACAGGCAUGGAUCCUGCUGGGCCAACUUUUGAGUACGCAGAUGCCCAGAGCACUCUUUCCCCAGAUGAUGCCCUUUUCGUGGACGUUCUUCACACCAACACUCGCGGUUCUCCGGAUCGCAGUAUUGGGAUUCAGAGGCCAGUGGGCCACAUAGACAUCUACCCCAAUGGUGGAACCUUCCAACCUGGCUGUGACCUCCAGAACACUAUGUUGAUGGUGGCCACUUCUGGCUUAAGGAACAUGGAUCAGAUUGUUAAAUGCUCCCACGAGCGCUCCAUCCACCUGUUCAUCGACUCACUGGUGAACCAGGAGCAACAAAGUUUGGCUUACCACUGCAGCUCCAAAGACACCUUCAACAAAGGCAUGUGCCUUAGCUGCCGCAAGAAUCGCUGCAACAAGGUGGGCUACAGCGUCAACAAAGUCCGCACACGCAGGAGCAGCAAAAUGUACAUGAAGACUAGAGACAUGAUGCCAUAUAAAGUUUUCCAUUAUCAAGUGAAGAUCCACUUCUUUAGCAAGAAGAAAAUAAGCUACAACGACCAGCCCAUGAAGAUCUCUUUGUUCGGAGUCCACGGCGAGAAGGAGAAUAUCCCUUACAUCAUGCCUGCUUUGGAGACAAACACCACAGUGUCCUUUCUUUUGACCACGGAUACAGAUAUCGGAGAGCUGCUGAUGGUUAAACUUCUCUGGGAGAAAGACUCCCUCAUCAGCUGGCCCUGGUGGAACCCUGAUAUCUUUCACAUUCGCAAACUACGCAUCAAAUCAGGAGAGACUCAAUCUAAGGUCAUCUUCAGUGCACAAAAGAGUGAAUUUUCCUACCUUUCUCGUGGAGGUGAGCCUGCAGUCUUCGUGAAAGACAAAGAAGCCCAGUCAAGCCGCAAAAACCAGAGAUUGCACAAGUUGAAGAUGCACGGAAGUUUGUUCAAACAGGACACAGAGUAAAGAAGCACGUCCAAGUCCACCUCUGCUGGGAUCUGGCACGGAGUCUGCUGGGGAAACUGGAAUGGUAGAAACGGACUUCUCCCGUAUAUAUUUGGACUAGUAGCCUUCACCCGACCCAAAUCAUGAAACACAUCCUGCAAGAAAACACAUCUUGAAAAUGUUACUGCUGUGCAGUU